UAUGUUGAGGAGAGCUGAAGUACACAUGCGCAGCAGGGCGGUUACCAUAGCGCCGCUCCGACCUGCUCAGUGAGUUGAUUCUUAAACUUCUGAUUCACCUCCUUCGGUGACACAAAUCAAAGAAACGUCGGAGGAUUUCAUCCGUGUUCACGGGUGAUUUUUAAAUUGACGUGUUUUUUUCCAUCACGUCUAAGGGAAUUGUACUUAUUGAAGCACCUGCUCGGCUGAUAAACUAAUCGUGGGAUAUCAAGCGGUGGAAAUCUCCGUCCCUAUUUGAACAGGAGCAUAAUUGUUUUAAGGUCAUGGUCGGGGUCUUUUAACAGCAACAAUGAACUGCUUCAAUCAAAGGCUGAGACGCACAUCUCCCAUGCAUGGCAGCAGCAGGAAUGAGCUGGUCCCCUCCAAGCCUCCCAGGAUAAACGGAUGGGCAUGGCCCCCUCAGACUUUACAAGUGGUUGGCUGGAUGAUGUACAGCUACCUCGCCAUAGUAAGCUUCGGCAUCUACAUCCCUCUUCUGCCUCUGCCGUGGAACCAUGUGCUCUACGCUCUGACGGGAGUAGCAUUUGUUGUCCACUUUUUUACGCAUAUUGCUGCUGCAACUAUAGACCCAGCAGAUGUCAGCGUGAGGGCCAAACAGAGCUACUCCAGUCCAAUGCCCCUUUUUGACAGAACUAAGCAACCGCAUGUCAUCCAGGACCUGCACUGUUAUCUAUGUGAAAUCAAGGUUGGCCCCAAAGUAAAACACUGUGGUGUUUGCAACAAGUGUGUGGAAGGCUUUGAUCACCAUUGCAAAUGGCUGAACACCUGUGUGGGUGGCAGAAACUAUUGGUGCUUCUUUGUGGCACUGUCCUCUGGUACACUAGGCGUCUUCCUGCUCGCUGUUGUCAUCUUGUUCAUAUUCAUUCAGCAUUACCUGGAUCCAAACAGCCUACGGACCCACCCACAGUUUGACAGUAUCCUGGGGAAUGGUACCUGGCUGGCGUUUUUACCCUUAGCACCCAUAAAGACUAGUUCAGCUGCUCUCCUUACAUUAGCCUUCAUAACAGCCAUGCUGAGCGUCAUCUGUCUGCUGCUGCUCGGUCAUCUGCUAGGCUUCCACUUUUACCUCUUUUAUAAAGGCAUAAGCACAUUUGAUUAUGUAAAGAUGCGGCGCCAAAAAGAAGCCAAAAACCGAGACAAUGAAGCAGGAAAUCCACAUGAAGCAAAAAUCAAUAACAAGGCCCCACAGAAUCAAGAGCAUUCAAUUGCCUGUGAGCCAGCAUUAUCACAGCGUUCAGGUACCUGCAAAUUUGAUGACAAAGGCCCACUCCCAGGCCGUCUUUCAGAGUCCCAAUGCACCAAGUUGGAGAACUUUGGGAAGGCCUCAGAAAACGAAACUAGUUUCCAUUAUAGCGCAGAAAAUCCAACACAGAACAUAGCAAGCAAAAUGUCUGUGAGUGACAUCAAGAGCCGGAAGCCUGACACUGAAGAGGCUCAGAGGGCCGGUGUGAAGUCUGUUCAGCGUGUUCCUGGAAUGCAGGAUCCUCUGGGCAGCUCCGUUAUGAGUCCAGAUGAUACUUAGCAGUAACUGAUGUCUGCAUGGCGGCUUAUCAGGAUACACUGCUCUCAGGAACUACUACUUAUGAAGAUAUGCUUCAUUAAACUGAGCCACACAACCAAGGACCAUUGUUGAUAAAGACAGGACGACUUAGACUUGACAACACAGUUUGAUACACAUCAUCGAGCUGUUUUUUUUCUUCUAGUGGAUAAAUUGUAUGCAUUCUGAAUAACUGUGGAUCUGUCAUUGUAUUUUGUAUUUUUUGUAUUUGUAUUUUUUAUUACAACGGUUGUAUUAUUUAAAGCAUUGUUCUUAUCUCACUGACUUUUACAACAAGUCAAAGUAGACAUCGAGGUUAGCCCCUGUUCCACUAGCCUGAGUCGGAUCGAUGGAUGGAUGGAUGUAUUUUAGCAUCUAACUGAAAGACUGAAUCAUGAUACUACAAACCUUUACCAUUUUGUCAUUCUAACUUGGUCUAAAGACUUAUGGCAAAUGCAUUGUUUAACUGAAGGUAGUGGAGCAGAUAUUAGCAUGGGGCAGAGCCAGAUGUCGUAAACAUUCAGGGCUGAGACCAAAAGUAAGGAGGUUUGGGGGCAUGCUCCCCCUGUGGAGAUAUAUUUCCUAUUUACGGCAGCUAUUUGCUCAUUUUAAAGCCAUUUCGUAAGAGAAUCCUACAAAACUACAUUAUUUUGAGGGAAAACAUGAUAGUUAUAAUAUUAUCCUGUAGAGCCUACAUCUUAUUUUGUAAGUAAUUGUUCUCCAAUGGUCGUUAUCAUUCUGAAACCAGAACACAACAAAUGUUGAAGAUGACUCAUUUUAACUCCUGCCACCUAAAGAAAGGCAAACAUUGAUGUUACUAUUUUUAAGAUGCAUAAUAAAGGUAGGGUACAAAUUUGGCGUACACAGAAUGGCUAAUAUGACAUAAUACUAUGCUGGUGUAGAACUCACAGAAUUAAUGUUUAGCUGACAAAUUUGCUACAUUUGAAACUAUCCCAUGAUAAUCUUGAUUGCUCUAAAUGCAAAUACACUUAAAGUUAUACAUCCUCUGAAUGCCCUAGAGGUCUCUGAUUUGUGGUUGUAAUGUUUUUUGAGGCUAUGAUUAUCCUAGAAGUCACAAAAGAUCAUUUUAUACAGGAACGUCAAAUUAAAAAAAAAAAGGUCUC